AUGACUAAUCAAAUUCUCAUCCGUCCACAGCCAUCGCAGCGCCGUAAACGGCGAGGCGCCGGCGAGGUGGCAGGAGGCGCGGCGGCGGAAUGCACUGCCGUCUGUUGCUGUUGUCCCUGCGCGAUUCUCAACUUUGUCGUAUUAGCCGUUUACAGAGUACCGGCUGGACUUUUUCGGAAGGCGUUGAACCGAAGACGGCGUCGUAUGAUGAAGAAUGGCGUUAGCGUUAAGAAAAACGACGUCGUUUUGCUGCAGUCACAGAGAUCAAGCAUCGCCGGGAACGAUUAUAGGAUUGAUUCAAUUUCGUUGGAGGAGCGGUUAGAGAAGGAUCGUUCGGCGGAUGAGAAAUCUGAGGAGGUUACCUUAGAGAAGGAGAUGUGGGCCCGGUUCGCGGGAACCGGGUUCUGGAGAAGUGAUUCUCAACGGCAACCGUGA